GUGACGGCGGGGACAAGAUGGCGUCGGCCGUGCGGGCCGGGCCGCGGCUGAGGCGGGCGGCGGAGGGCCGGGAGCUGGCGGCGCUGCCCCGGGGGCUGCAGGACGAGCUCCGGGCCGCGCUGGCCUCCGAGGGCUCGCUGGUGCCCUUCAGCCUGCUGCGGAGCCUGCACGCCGCGCUGCGGGACGCAGGGUCCCCGCUGCGCCUACACGAGCUGCUGGAGGGCAGCGAGAUCCACCUGCCCGAGGUGCCGGUGCCGCCGCGGAACCCGGAGCUGGUGGCGCGGCUGGAGCGGAUCAAGGCCAGGCUGGCUAACGAGGAGUACCGGCGGAUGACCCGCGAUGUCACCGGCAGGGAGACAAACGGGUCCUUGGCUGAAUUCGGGAGGCAAGUCCGCUCCGUUAGAGCCGUUGUCAUCACCAUCUUCAACUUCCUGGUGACGGUGGCGGCCGCCUUCGCCUGCACGUACCUGGGCAGCCAGUACGUGUUCGCAGAGACGGCGGCGCGGGUCCUGUCCGCGGUCAUCGUGGCCUCCGUGGUUGGCCUGGCCGAGCUGUACGUGAUGGUGCGGACCCUGGAAGGGGACCUUGGGAAACUCUGACCGCUGCGAGCUCCAGACCUCCCCCACCCCGGAGUCAUGGA